AUGCCUUUGAAACAAUGGCGUAUGAAUGACGACAUCCGUGUUGAUUCAAAUUUAUUGAAGAACGUCAAUCUUGAUAAAUUCAAAAAUCCUGAAAUAAUUUCAACAAUACAUGAUAAUGAUGAUAUAUUAAUAUGGUUAGAUAAAUGUAUUCAUAAUGAUGAUCAAGAUGAUCAAUAUUCAAUUAAUCAACUUCGUCUUAUUAUGAAUUCAAUUAUUAUUUUUACAAAUAAAGAAGAAUGUUUGAAGUUUAUUGAUAAAUUUAAAACAACUAAAAAUAAAUUAUUUUUAAUUGUAUCCGGUUCAUUAGGUAAAGAUUUUGUUCCAAUUAUUUAUCAAUUAUCACAGAUUAAUUCAAUUUAUAUUUUUUGUGGAAGGAAAACUAAUCAUGAAUAUUGGGCUAAAAAUUAUGAGAAAAUCAAAGGUGUUUUUGAUAAUAUCAAAGAUCUUUGUGUAAAUCUGAAUAAACAGAAAUUUGAAUUCAAUCAAAUAAUAAUCGACAAUUUGAUAAAUUUCUUAUCAAAAAAAUCUUCAUUACCUUAUCAAUUCGAUGAAAUUAUUAAUUUUAAAAAUAAUAUAUAUGAUAAUUAUCAACCGAACGAGAAUAUUCAAAUAUCAACAACAUCAGCUGAUAUUCCAUUUAGUAACGAAGAAAAUCGUUCGUCGAUAAAUGAAAUAGAAAUAAAUAAUAGUGUAGAAUCUAGUCAAACUGUUACUCCAUUUAUGCAAUAUAAACAACAAAUGGAAUUUUCAGAUACUGGUAUUUGGCCAUGUUUAUAUGUUAUCGAUAGUGCACGCAAUGAACUUUUCAAUCAUCUUCAGUCGGUUCUCGGAACAAUCAAAUAUUGUUCUUCUAUAGAAAAUUGUUUACAAAAUAUUUGUAAUAAUCAUGAAGAUCCACAUUUCAUUGUUAUCUGUGAUCUGACAAAUAUUGAAUAUCUACCUAUAUUAAUUCAUUCUCAUGUACGAAACAUAUAUAUCUAUUGUCCAAAUAAAUCUCUAAAUGAAUAUUGUGUAUGGAGUGAAAGAUAUCCAAAUGUUGUUUCUGUAUUACAACAUAUUAAUACUCUAACUCAUUUAAUUCUUUGGGAUUUAUCGACUUGUAUUGUAGAUAUUGGAAAUUAUUAUGAUAAUGAAAAUCAGAAAGAUUUAGCUCAAACUCGAUAUCGUUAUGCAUAUCGUCUUCAUAUUAUUAUUCGAGAAAAUUUAAACAAUCGACGACAUAUGUUCGAAAGCAUUGAUCAACAAAGUUGA